AUGAAAGAGACAGCUUCGAAGAACAGCGAUAGUGAGUCGGCAGCAUAUCAGAAUCCUGGGACAGAAUCUGGUAUUGAAAAGAUGACAGUACCAGUUAUGUCCAAAGAUCUGAUAAAUCUGGAUGGGAAUGGAGAACAUAAGGUGGCAUGCGAUGAUUAUCAGAGGAUUUCAAAGGAGAUCGAAGACCUGAGGGCUGAACUAGAUGAGGAUGUGAAACAGCUUGGAUACUGUGAGGCGAAUCAGAAGCUGAGAGCUGAGCUGGCUCUCAAGGCAAAAGAGAUGCAGUGCCUGAGGAAGCAAAGUGAGGAGAUGCAACUCAACAAUGGUGGGAUGAGAAAGCAGAAUGAUUUGUUGCAGGCCAAGUGUGACGGCAUGGCAAAGCAGAAUAAGGAGCUGCAAGCCAAGAAUGAUGACCUGGUGAAGGAGAAUGAGGAGCUGAGAACCAAUAUAGACAAAAUAGGUAAGUGGAAUGGAGUGCUGCAAGCCAAGAAAACAAAGUGGAAUCAGAGGCUGCAAGCAAAGAAUGAUGGCCUAAAGAAGCAGAAUGAGGAGCUCCAAGCCAAGAGUGAUGCCCUGACGAAGAAGGUUGAGGAGCUACGGACCAAGAAUGUCAGGUUGGUGAAGCAGAAUGAGGACUUGCAAGCGAAGAAUGACAACCUGACAAAGUGGAUUGAGGAGCUGGAAGACAAAAAUGAAGCCCUGAAAGAUUUGAAUGAAAUUCUUGCUUUGGAGGAGGAGCUAAAUGGGCAGACAGCUAUUAUUGGGAUCAAAAGGAUGGGAGAACUUGAUGAAAAGCCAUUUUACAAUGCAUGCAAGAGGAAAUACGGAAAAGAUGAUUACCAGACCAAAGCAGUAGAGCUGGUCUCAAGUUGGCAGGAGGAAUUGACCAAAGCGACGAUGGGGGAGGUGCUCAGGUACCUGCUCAGGCAGAUGGAGACAGCGACUAAGCGCUGGAGGGUCUGGUUGACCGCCCCAAGCCAAUAA